AGCCGCUCACGAUCCAAAAUCCUAGGGGUUCCAGCUUUUCUUUCAUCUUGUAUAGCACUUCGCCGCUGGGCGCAAGUUACAAAACUGGAUUCUCUCUCUUUUUCUCUUUCCAUUCAAAAGAAAGCGUCCUGUGUACACUAGCCUCAUCAUGAGGUCCUUGAACUUCGCCCUUCCGUCGAAGCGGCUGAUAUUCUCAUAUAUCUUUGAUUGGAUAGUAAUAAUUGCCAUAGCAGCGGUUGGCGCGGCCUGGGAUGGCAUUACACCGUUCCACCGACCCUUCUCUCUCGUCGACCUCUCGAUAUCAUACCCCUUCGAAACCAAAGAAACUAUACCAACAUGGUUGCUCGUGGUAGUAUCCCUUGUCAUCCCCGCCGCAAUAACGUUCAUCGUCUGCUUGGUCUUCGUUCCUGGCCCAACCGCCAGGAAGGGGACCCCCCUGUCUUUGAUUUGGAGGAGGAAAGUGUGGGAAUGGAAUACUGCUUGGAUGGGACUGGGGAUGUCUCUUGCGACGGCCUUCAUGGUUACACAGGGGAUGAAACUUCUGUUCGGAAAACCUCGACCUGAUCUCUUGUCUCGCUGCCAGGCUGAUCGAUCCCGCAUUGCGCAGACCGAUGUGGGCGGAUAUGCCGAGUCUUUCAAUGCGCUCUGGGUCCUUGUGACAUCUGACGUCUGCACCCAAACAAAUGACGAUAUCCUGCAAGACGGGUUCAAGUCGUUUCCCAGUGGGCAUGCAAGCUUCUCUUGGGCCGGCCUCCUCUACCUGACUCUAUUCCUGGCAUCUAAGUUCGCCGUUGCGAUCCCCUUCCUUCCUCCUCGUCCUUUCAGCACAAAUCCGGAUUACACCUCCGCCGUUGCACCAUCCAAUCUGAAACAAAAGGGCAUCCUGCCCACCCACAACAAGGCACGUACUGAGUCCGGCCUCUCUUCUCCCGGUUAUGCGGAAGACCAUGUUGUACCUAUCCGAUAUCAGGCGGCAGCACCUCCAGUCUGGACACUAGUGCUCGUUCUCGUGCCCAUUGGCGCAGCAAUCUACAUUACGAGUACGCGAUUCACGGACUACCGCCAUCACGGCUGGGACCUCAUUUUCGGUAGUUUGUUAGGAAUUACGACGGCUUGGUUCAGCUUCCGAUGGUACCAUCUCCCCAUCACUCGGGGCGCCGGGUGGGCCUGGGGACCUCGGUCCUACAAGCGUUCAUGGGGCAUUGGUGUCGGCGUGGGCUCGUAUGUAGGAACGGAAGGCUGGAGCCACCGAGGUGAAUCGAAGAAGGCGGAACGGGGCCCAUUAGAAGGAAAUGGCAUCCCACAGGAUGGGAUCGCGGAGAAUGAAGCGCAUCCGCAGGAGUACAGGGCGCAUGGAGCGAACGCAGUAUAACACACCUAUUCAUUUAUCCCACUUAUAGGUGGGCACCGGAGUUUAGGA